AAUAACUUUCCUUGGAUCCCUUCGCCAGUGUGCCUACAAUUUUCGCUCCUUUCUUGUGAAUACUCACCCAGUUCCCCCGUUUAAAUUCAAGAUUGAACAAAAAUGAACUCAAAAACCGAACGCAGUGCAUCCCCAAAAGUCAUGAAAACGAGAAAGCAGAUCACUUCGAAAAUCGACUCCGGGGUAUCCAAAAAGUCAUCAACGCUGACUCUGAUCAAAUCCCGCCAACCCAGCACGGCUUCGCGAACCUCGAGCAAGCAGAGCAUCGACGAAAAAAAGCCAUCCGGCAUCCCCACCAGUAGGUCCCGACCGGCAACCAGCUUCUCAUCAUCGCGCUUCUCGCAGUCCUCCAAGCUGAGCAUCGUCGACGACAAACUACAACAGGGCGUCCACAAGCUGGGCCAGUUGCCGUCCUACCUGCGUGGCAAUCGACCCUCAACGGCUGUCAGUAAGCUGAAAACUACCGAAUCCGAAACCAGAAGGAUACUCGAUAAGGGCAACGAAGAUAGCGAAGCGGUCAAGAAGGUGCUCGAGUUUGACAGCAUGCGCUUUGAAAAAUUUCGAAACAAUUUGAGUCAACAGUACGGAAGCUACGCCAAUUCGAAAGCCGCACUGGACGGGAUCGAAAGGAAGUCCCCGCUGAAGCGGGAUAAAAUAAAAGAACCGCAUGUGUCAUCCCCAGCGAAAGCGACUGAUUUGGAACAGGCAAUGGCUAAGAUAUGCACCGAAACGGACCAGAUCGAUUCGGGAAUACAGGUUGGAUGCACACCGUGCGAAGGGGAAGGUUCAGGAGAUGCGGCUUUGCAGCAAGCGGUUUUGCUGCGGAAAGAACUGGAGCUGAGCGAGGUGCAUGGAAAGGUGCGGCAACUGGAGGAAAAAUGCGAUCGGCUCGAAGCAGAUUGCAAUCAGAAACGGGAACGGAUCUUGGAACUGGAAACGGUACUUGCAGCCAUCAAAGAACGGGAGCAUGAUUUCGAAAAGAAUAAAGGCAAGGUUCGUACAUUGAGUGCACAAAUCGAGGACUUGAAGGCAAAACUAGUCGAAGCAGGUAAUACUCUCGAGGAUAGGGAAAAGCAGCUCUUUGAAUCAGAGGAAAAGGAAGCUGAAAAAGAAAUGGAAGCCUUCAGACAGCAGUCCGAAGAAUUGUCGCAACGAAUCAACCUCCUGACUCAAGAAAUUGCAGACAAAGACGCAACGAUAGCAACCUUGACAACGGGAGAUCCGACGGAGACUGUCGAAACGGAGCUGCAAGCUCACCGAACGGAGGUUGAUGCCUUGCAAGAGGAGGUCAGAAAGCUGCGGUUCGAGAACAAUAUGCUUGUCAGCGUCAAAAAGCAGGACGACAUACUGCUUCAGAUCCGUUCCAAGCUGCUGGAGAGUUUGGAAAGGAGCAAGGAAAUGUUCAAGGCACGGUGUGAAGAAAUGACAGGCGAUGGAGAGAUUGGAGUCGCCAGUCGAGUGCGGGCUGAGGGAUUCGAUAUACUGUUUGAAACUUUGUCAGAAAAACAGCGUCAAUGCUGCAAGGAAGAACAAAUUAUCGGUGAGAUCGAGCAGAACAACCAGAAGUGCAAGACGGAGCGUAACAAAUUGCUGGAGAUGUUGAAGCGACUCAAGAAGGAGAACCGGCAAAUGCGUGAGAUUAUGAACAACUCCGGUCCGGAUGUCCUGACUGAAUGCUAUGACGAAUCCACGAGGGACGACAGUCACUUGAAGGGUCAACUGUUGGACCAUAUAUGUCAGUUGUUUCCCGAAGAACCAUCGCUGCAAGAACCGACAGUGGAAUUGGAUAAUGUUGAAGAGGAAAUUUUGAGUAGAAUCAACUACGACAACGAACAAAUUUCGAGUGAACAUACGAGGGAUGCAGAAUCCCGCUAG